AUGCCACAUCAUGAGAAGCUUUUAGAUGUUGGAUAUGAUUUUCCAAAGUCAGUUGCCAUGGGCUAUGUAUCUCCGAAACUACAUGAACUCCUCCAAAUUUUUCAAUCCUUUGGUAAAAAUACACAAGUACUCUGCAUCACUUUUGUUGAAAGAAUUAUGACAGCAAAAGUUAUUGAAAGAUUCAUUAAGAAAAUUGCAUGCCUGUCUCAUUUCACGGUUUCACAUUUGACUGGAAGUAACUCAUCAGUUGAUGCACUGGCUCCGAAACUGCAGAAAGAAAUUUUGGAAUCAUUUCGGUCUGGGAAGGUCAACCUAUUAUUUGCGACUGACGUGGUUGAGGAGGGAAUUGAUGUGCGUGACUGUUCCUGUGUUAUAAGAUUUGACCUGCCAAAGACAGUUCGUAGUUAUGUCCAAUCACGAGGACGAGCUCGUCAAAAUGACUCCCAAUUUUUCAUGAUGCUCGAGAGGGGAAACAUAAAGCAAAGAGAUCAAAUAUUUGAUGUCAUUAGGAGUGAGUAUUCUAUGAUAGAUACUACGACAAGUAGGGAUCCUGACACCUUCAUUUUAAAAGCUUGUGCCAACAACGACGUAGAUGCAUAUCAUGUGGAGGUAACUGGAGCAUCAGUGACUGCGGAUUCUAGUGUGAACCUCAUUCACAGAUAUUGUGAAAAACUCCCAAGAGACAAGUACUUCACUCCAAAGCCAAUUUUCCAAUUCUUGUUAUCAGGGGAGUCAUAUCGAUGUAAACUCACAUUACCACCAAGUGCAGCUUUUCAAACAAUAGUUGGUCCUGAAAUUAGAAACUCACAUUUAUCGAAACAGCUUGUAUGCUUGGAUGCAUGUAAGAAGUUGCAUCAGAUGGGGGCUCUCAGUGAUCAUCUUCUCCCCUUCAAUGAAGAGCCAUCCCUAACUGAUUCAACUCUCAGGAACAAAGAAUUGUCUUCAGGCGCAGGAACAACAAAGAGGAAGGAACUACAUGGGACAACCUGUAUUCGUGGGCUGUCUGGGACUUGGGGAGACAAACUUGAUGGCGCCACCUUUCAAGCAUACAAAAUACAUUUUGCCUGUAAUAUUUCUGAAGCCUAUUACUCUAGUUUUGUUAUGCUGAUUGAGUCAAAACUGGACAAUGAUGUUGGAAAUGCCGAAGUGGAGCUAUACUUAGUUUCAAAGUAUGUCAGGUCAUCUGUAUCUUCAUGUGGGCAAGUACAUCUGGAUGCAGAACAGGUGGUAAAAGCAAAGUGUUUUCAAGAACUGUUCUUCAAUGGGUUAUUUGGCAAGUUGUUUAUCAAAUUGUCAGGAGAAAGAAGGUUUUUACUUCAAGUAAAAGAAUCUUUAUGGAAUCCAGCGAACAUGUACUUACUUUUACCCCUUGAGUCACUUAACAAUCCUAGUCAUCAAAUUUGGAGAAUUAACUGGAUGGGGAUCAACUCUUGUGUUUCGGUGGUAGAAUUCUUGAAGAAAAAUGCUUGGCUAAGUGCUGAGCAAUCGAGUGGUAACAUGGCGAAUUCAUCACUUCACAAAAUUGAAUCAGUUGUGACUGAUUUCAGUAGCACAAAUGUGAUUCACUUGGCCAAUAAAUCAAUUUGUAUAAAUGACCUCAAGGAGAUGGUAGUCUUGGCCAUUCAUACUGGGAGAAUUUAUUCUGUCCUUAAAGCCGUUACUAAUUCAUCUGCUGAAAGCCCUUUUGAUGGGAAAUCUGAUGCAAGUCCCUCAAGUUAUUCAUCCUUUGCUGACUACUUCAAGAAAAAGUAG